AUGGCCGACCAAACGGAUCUCACAAAGGAGCUCACACCUGAAGGCUUCACCCAUCAUGCCGAGGACAUAACGGCAGACCGCGAGCCCUAUGGGCCUCCUGGUCUGCGUGGCUUGGUGCAAAAUCCCUUCGUGUUGCUGUGUGCGGCUUGCUCCACGCUUGGUGGACUCCUAUUUGGAUAUGACCAAGGCGUUGUGUCUAUCAUCCUGGUCAUGGACCAGUUCCUGGAGACCUUUCCUCGAAUCGACAGCUCAAGCGGUGCUUUUUGGAAGGGCCUCUUGACGGCCAUGAUCGAACUGGGUGCAUUGAUAGGCGCUUUGAAUCAGGGAUGGAUCGCUGACAAAAUCUCUCGGCGCUACUCAAUUAUUGUCGCUGUAAUCAUCUUCACAAUUGGCUCGGUUCUACAAACUGCUGCUAUCGACUAUCCCAUGUUGACUGUGGCGCGGCUGAUUGGUGGCGUGGGUAUUGGUAUGCUGUCGAUGGUUGCGCCUCUCUAUAUCUCCGAAAUUAGCCCCCCUGAAUGCCGUGGUACCCUCUUGGUCAUGGAAGAGUGGUGCAUCGUGCUCGGCAUCGUCAUUGCCUAUUGGAUCACCUAUGGAACUCGUUACAUGAUCGGAGAAUGGUCAUGGCGACUACCCUUUCUCUUGCAGAUGAUUCCUGGAUUUGUUCUUGUUGCUGGCGUGAUAUUCCUGCCAUUCUCACCUCGUUGGCUCGCAUCUAAGGGCCGCAACGAAGAGGCCUUGAAUAGUCUUGCUAAGCUUCGCAACUUGCCAGCCACGGACCGUCGUAUCCGUCAGGAAUAUCUGGACAUUUUAUCCGAGGUCAAGUUCCAUCAGCGCAUGAAUGCGGAAAAGCACCCGAAUCUGCAGAGCGGCUCUAGCAAGGAUUCAUUCCUACUGGAGCUGGCUUCUUGGGCCGACUGCUUCAAGAAAGGAUGCUGGCGCCGGACUCACGUCGGUGUCAUGCUCUCAUUUUUCCAACAGUUCGUCGGUAUCAAUGCUCUGAUUUACUACGCACCGACCCUAUUCGGGACCUUCGGCUUUGACACCAAUAUGCAGCUCAUCAUGUCUGGAGUCCUCAAUGUAUUGCAAUUGGUCGGUGUCACCACUAGUAUCUGGACUAUGGAUACACUGGGCCGACGCAAAUUGCUGAUGUACGGUGCCGUCAUGAUGGCAAUCUCGCACAUUAUCAUCGCUGCAAUGGUGGGUAUCUACAGUGACGAUUGGCCCAACCACAAAACCCAGGGAUGGGUCAGCGCCGCCUUCCUAUUAAUCUAUAUGAUUUCCUUCGGCGCAUCAUGGGGUCCUGUUCCUUGGGCAUUGCCUUCUGAGAUUUUUCCUUCUUCCCUGCGCGCCAAGGGCGUUGCCCUCUCUACAUGUUCGAACUGGUUUAACAACUUUAUCAUCGGCCUUAUCACUCCACCUCUUGUCCAAGACACCGGCUACGGCGCGUACGUGUUCUUCGCGGUUUUCUGUAUCCUCGCAGGUAUCUGGACAUACUUUUUUGUACCGGAGACUAUGGGUCGCACACUCGAGCAGAUGGAUCAUGUUUUCAAAGAUAACUCGAAUGAGGCCGAGCGUGCGAUUCGUCGCGCUAUCGAGUCGGAGAUCAUCGGCGCUGAGCGCGAUGUCGUAUGA